AAAGAAAGGAAAGGAAAGAAAGAAAGGAAAGGAAAGAAAGGAAAGAAAGAGAAAGAAAGAAAAAGAAAAAGAAAAAGAAAAAAAAUGUAAAACUUGGGGAGGGAAGAGCCGGUUCCAACCUCAUGGACCCUAGAAGAGGCAAAGCUAGCAUUAGUUAGGAGUGGUCCCGCCUUCAAAGUGUUGGUCCCGAACUUCUGUCCUCUAGGGGUCUCUUGUGUCGCGCGCCGGCCACCCCGGGCAAGGCGUCUCCUACGCAGGUCCCGGGGUGGCCCCAGAGCUCUCCGAGUGCCGACCCCCUCCCGCUCCGUCCCCGGCCUGCCCACCCGGUGGCCCGCCGACAGCCGCGGGGGUGGGGCCGGCCUCUGGGCGCCCGGGCCGGUCCGCGGAGCGCGGGUUGAGGUCGAGCGGCGGGUUGGAGGCGCGGAGACUGCCGAGAGGACAGGGCAGGUGCGGCCUCAUCCGCUGCCCCCACAGCCUCCCGCGGGGUCAGGUGCGCGCAAGGGUCAGCAACGCGGGUGGUUCGCUGCUUUCCCACCUCCAUCCCGCGGCGACACCUAGCGGCUUUUUAGCCAGAUCUGGGCACGCCCUGGAGGUUAACACCCCAACCCCCCACCAUCCCUCUUUUUAAAAAUGGAAAUCUAACAGCCGCGUCCCCUGCGCUGUCGCCGCGCCUCCCCGUCCGGGUCGCGGGUCUGAGCCCCGCGCGCGCCGCGGAGAAACUAUCCGCCGCCGGGAGUCCGCGCGCAGUGGGGUCGGGAGCUUGCGGCCAGCGUGGGGGAGAGCCCCUCUCUCGGAGACUCUGGGACCGGGGAGGUUCUGGUCCCGCCCUCAGGGCGCCCUGACUUCUUGCGCUGGUGGCCGCUGCGCGCGCCCGGGGACUCCGCGGUUCCCAGCGACAGGUUACUCUGCUGCUUCGCGGCGCGUUAGACCGACGGGAGGCGUGCAGACGGAAAGGACUCGACAUACAGAAGCUACGUCGCUUUAAAACGUUUUUUUUUUUUCUUUUUAAAGAUACAAUGAUACUUCGCCUCUUGAUGAAAGCACGCAGACGCAAUUCUAUGUAUGCGUUUAAAAAAAUGCAGAUAAUUCUGCACUGAUUGCAAAGGCGCUCUUUAUCGUGGUGACGGAAAUAGUCCUUAUCUCGUCCGGGGGUCACGACGACACGGAGGAAUUAAGUGGUACGGUGUGUAAAUUGUUGGUCAGUUGAAAAAAGAAAUCGGAACAUAAACGUGCACGCAUGCGAAAAGUUAUUCAGGAGCACUGCGCACGGCGCACGUAAGGGGGCCGAGCGGCGGGAGACGCGCGUCCGGGCCGCUAAAGCGCGGCUCGGCGCAGCUCUUUCUGCGGAGGGCCCGGCGCGGCGGGGAGAGCGGGCGCGAGGGCGGGCGCGAGGGCGGCUGAUGUCACCGGGGGCGGGGCCGCGGCCGCCGUGAAAAGGCGGCGGGCGGCGCGAGCCGUCGCAGCUGCCGGGCACGGCCUCGCCAUGAGCGGCCGCAACGCGUCCGACGAGCUCCGCGUCCUGUGUAGCCCCGGCCCGCUGUUCCUGCAGCCGCUCUGGGACGGCCUGCGGGCCCGGGAGGCGCUCCUGCAGUCGCCCUUCUUCCCGGCCGUCUUCUCCAUCUGCACCUACCUGGGCUGCUGCCUGCCCUUCGUGCUGCUGGACGCGCUGUGCCCCUGGGUGCCCGCGCUGCGGCGCUACAAGAUCCACCCGGACUUCGCGCCGUCGGCGCGGCAGCUGCUGCCCUGCCUGGCGCAGACCCUCUACCAGCACGCCGUGUUCGUGUUCCCCGUGACGCUGCUGGACUGGGCCCGCGGCCCGGCCCGCGUGCCCCCCGAAGCCCCCGAGCUGCUGCAGCUGGCGCGCCACGUCGGCUGCUGCCUGCUGCUCUUCGACGCCGAGUUCUUCGCGUGGCACGUGCUGCACCACCGGGUGCCCUGGCUGUACCGCACGUUCCACAAGGUGCACCACCAGAACGCGGCGUCGUUCGCGCUGGCCACGCAGUACAUGAGCGUCUGGGAGCUGUUUUCCCUGGGCUUCUUCCACCUGCUGAACGUCACGCUGCUCGAGUGCCACCCGCUCACCGUGCUGGUUUUCCACGUGCUCAACAUCUGGCUGUCGGUGGAGGACCACUCGGGCUACGACUUCCCCUGGUCCACGCACAGACUCGUGCCCUUCGGCUGCUACGGCGGCGUGGAGCACCACGACCUGCACCACUCGCAGUUCAACUGCAACUUCGCCCCCUACUUCACGCACUGGGACAAGCUGCUGGGGACCUUCCGGUCCCCGCACGCCAAGUGAGGCGCGCGCCCCCCGGCGGGCGCGGCGGGGUGGGUGCCCCUCGCACCCGGGACUGCUGGGCGCAUCGCCUUCGAAUCAGGACAGACACACCCGAGCCUUUGUGUUGUUCUGUUUUUGUAAGUAAUUUAUUACCUGAUGGAGAUUUGUGGGUAAAAUCUGAUGUAUUUUCACAGCCUGACCAAGUAAUUUAUAUCGUUUUUGCGUGUUGAGGAUUGUACUCGGAGUCUAAUUCUAGCUCACUAAAGUAGCGUUGAUUCCUGGAUAUGUAUAUAUGAUAUAUGUCUGUCACUGGUGUAUUUAAAUCAUCUCUAAAACGUUUGUUUGUAGGACAAGGACUUUCUUAUUUUUCAAAGUGUCACAGAAAUAGGCUAAAAGAACAUAUUUUUAUGGAAAAUGUGAAGAAUGAAACAUAUUCCUGCUGGGCAGUGAUCACAGUUAUUGUACUUUCCCCAAUUUUUUCAUAUAACUGUAUAUUUAUAUUGAAUGAAAUGUUAUUUGUGCUUUAAAAGUGAAAAAAAAACCCACCUAAAUCAAACAAGUACUGGAUGCUGUUUUUCUGGCAUUUUGACUGAUAAAUACUAAAAUUGGAAGAGGGGGCUGGGG